AUGCCUUCACCUGUUCAGUAUCAAAGAUACAACACUGAAAUGGUCACCGUUAAUGCCAUUGCUAACGGUCCGAAACAAGGUAGUUACGUAACGGUACCAGAAACGGUUACAAACCACCACGACGCGCACGUGGUGGGACCGAACCAGUGCUACUCCGUCGUGAUACAACCGAUCAACGCCUUGGUUUCAACCGUCUGGUCCGUCGUUCGACGAUUCGACAAUCCGCAAGGAUACAAGAACUUCGUGAAAAGCUGUAACGUGGUCGCCGGCGACGGCAUUCGCGUCGGCGCUUUACGCGAGGUUCGGCUGGUUUCUGGUCUUCCGGCGGUUUCGAGCACCGAGAGGCUUGAUAUACUUGAUGAAGAACGGCAUGUUAUCAGUUUCAGUGUUGUUGGUGGAAUUCAUAGGCUGAGGAAUUACCGGUCGGUGACGACGCUGCACGGCGACGGGAAUGGAGGGACGGUGGUUAUUGAAUCGUAUGUGGUUGAUGUACCGCAUGGGAACACGAAGGAAGAGACGUGUAGUUUUGUUGAUACGAUUGUACGAUGUAAUUUGCAGUCGUUGGCUCAGAUCGCAGAGAAACUCUGA